AUGGUGCAGCUUUUCUCCUUUGUUAAGGUCUUGGAGGAAGACUUUGAUGCUGUAAUGUGUGGGGUGUCAAUCAAAUACGGCUCCCAACGCAAAGGAGAGACUGAUGUGGCUCAAUCCAUUGGAUGGGAGAAGUCUUGCAAGCGGGCUCCAAAGACGGUCCCGCUGGGACUUGGAAAGAAGAUCCGACAUGAAUACGCCAACGAUGGGCGAGCACCCAAUACGACAAAGGCCCUCCUCCCCGAGAUCAUCAAGAAGAAGCUUGGACAACCUUCUGGAGCGCCAAACAUCAACAGCUAUCCCUCAUAUCAUGCAUCUAAGAAGGAGCAUCUCAAGAAUCGAUGCUGGAUGGCUGCCUCAGUCAAAAGCCUGUAUUUGGUAUUCUCUCCCGUUUGGCUUCAAGGAUCCGGUGGCUGUGGGACAUCACUGUUCACAACGCUGGUGAAACAUUUCAUGGCCAGGGCUACAUACGAGUUAACGGAGGCUGGAUCAAUUCGCUCGAUUCUCUCAAAGGCUCAAUGCACUCUCUUCCAUCUUGUCAGUGUGCAGCAUCCCGGAAACUUUGUCACUAGAAAGUUUGCCUCGGCGGACUUCUUCAUGGAUGUCAUACUCGAUCAAAAUGCAAACCCCAACCGGGCCUUGAAGGGGUUGUUUGAAGUUGAAGAGGUCCGACAACUCACCUGCAAGCAUCACACCCAAGACACUCAUGAAAUACAACACCCAUUGCAUGUCAUCAACAUCCGCAGGAGGGCAUUUGAAUCUAACAAUCUCGAAGUCUCGGAUGUUGCUUCAUUAUUGAGGCAGUGGACUGGAUCGGGCUUGGACGGGUGGUUGGGCCUUUGUUGUAAACUGUGUAACAGCUCUCAUCCGGCUUCUGAGAUCCCAACGUAUGGCUGUGCAUUGUCAGUUGUUGAAGUGGCCAUAGCGACUCUGGUGUCAACUUGUAAGACUCCCAUGCUGCAGGAGAGGUCAUGUCUGGCUUUUAUCAAUAACCAGCCACCUUCACACCUCUACUUUCAUCUGGAUGUCACACCAAUCCUGGACAAAGAUGAACAACAAUCCUUCUUGGCGGAGACCUAUUGGCCUUUCACUCUCAAAAUCCAACAUGUCAGGUACAAUUUAUUUGCCCACGGGUUUUGGGACAGGUUGCACUAUUGGUGUAAGGUGGUCAGGCAUGUUUGUGGGAGAACAGGUGUUUGGUUACACAAUGACCGAUUGAACGACGGCUACGCUCAGCUGGUCAGCCCAAUUCCGAGUGAUCUGGGGGGAAAGGCAGCUCAUACAAGCUGGCUGAUCUACUCUCGCCCGUGGAAUGAUAGCGAGUUAGAGUUUGUCAACAAUAAGAUCACACAGAUCAAGAAGGACAAUCCCCGAGCGACUGGGCAGGUGCCAUUUGCAAAGCUCAAGGAGUUAUUGGAGGUAUCCAAGGAUCUUGACCUGCGUACGGUCAAACCAGACACUGACAAUCUGGUGGGGGAUGAAUUCUACGACAACAACAAGGCCAGAGACAACAAGGCAGACGACAACGGGGCCAACAACAACGAGGUUCCCAAUUGUAAUGAGACUACAGAUGAUGAGGACGUCAAAGCCAACCGAAUCCAGCCAGCGCCUUCAGUUGCGAUGCCGGCUCCAAAAAUCCCAAAAAUUAAGCUUACCCUGGGCAAAUCAGGGGGGAUUGAGGUGCCUGUCCCACUGGAGGCUGUCAAAGAGGUCAAGGCCAAGAUCAAAAAGCCUAAGGGGUCCAAUAAGGCGGCGCCGCAGGGGGGAAAUCGUUGGAGCAAAAGGGUUGAAGCUAAGGGAGGGGACUUGUCAUGA